AUGGACAUUUUGGAAUACGCGAAUGUAGUCGUAGGUGACAUGGGUGAGUUACGUGAAUUGGGUACCACCCUUCCGACCUGUCGCAUCGACGCAGACUGCCGCCUGACGACGAUCCCCGACUUCAACUCGGCCCACUGCGUCCGUGGCCGCUGCCUUCCACUUCGUGGCCCGGGAAUGCCCUGCCACUUCCCGGAAGAGUGCGCCUCCCACGGCUUCUUUGGCCCACUCGCCUGCUCGGCCAAGUGCAGUGGCCAAAUCGAGUGCCGAAUCGGAUUCAGGGCCAUUUCGCCCAGCACCUUCUGCUGCAGGGAGACACCGCCUUUCGGUGACUGCAACCCAAAUCGACCAGGCCUCCUCUCAGGCUNCACCCUUCCGACCUGUCGCAUCGACGCAGACUGCCGCCUGACGACGAUCCCCGACUUCAACUCGGCCCACUGCGUCCGUGGCCGCUGCCUUCCACUUCGUGGCCCGGGAAUGCCCUGCCACUUCCCGGAAGAGUGCGCCUCCCACGGCUUCUUUGGCCCACUCGCCUGCUCGGCCAAGUGCAGUGGCCAAAUCGAGUGCCGAAUCGGAUUCAGGGCCAUUUCGCCCAGCACCUUCUGCUGCAGGGAGACACCGCCUUUCGGUGACUGCAACCCAAAUCGACCAGGCCUCCUCUCAGGCUGCGGCCACUCGCAGGAGUGUCGCAUGGCAGAGGGAGCACCUCGCUGCCUCGACAGGCGCGAGAGGUCGUGGAUCGUCGCCGUCUUCUGCUCCGUCUCAGGCAACGUCCUCAUCAACGUCGGAAUCAACCUCCAGAAACUCUCGUACCGUCGCACCUACGUCCCAGUCGCAGGCGCAUUCGCAAACACCCUCGGCCUCGGUGUCGCAGUCUACGCCAUCGGAAAGGCCGUCUCAUUCGCCGCCUACGUCUUCGGAAACCAGUCGCUCAUGGCCGGCCUCUCUGCAACUGGCCUCGUCUCCAACUCCCUCUUUGCCCCCCUCAUCAACGACGAGAUCUUCUCCUGGAAGGACGGCGUCGCCAUCGUCCUCGUCUCAGUCGGAUCGACCAUCCUCGUCGCAUCCACCUCAAAGUCACACACCGUCUACUCCUUCUGCGAACUAGUCAAACUCUACUGGAGGCCACAGGCUCUCAUUUGGUUUGGUCUCGUUCUUGCAUCAAUUCUGGCCAUCUUCCUCUACGUCAAGUUCGUCGAGGCCAACUCGGACUGGGACUACCACGGUGACCCAUUCAACCGCAUUCUCAGGGUGAAUCGCCUCUUCUUCGACGAGGACUCCUUCACCUGCCAGCACCUGAUGGUCCUCGCCUACGUCGGUCUCAGCAGCCUCAUCGCAUCGUUCACCACCCUCAGCAUCAAGAGCCUCGGUGAGAUCAUCUCCCGUGGCAUAGGCGGUGACACCGCCAGUCUCCUUCACAGGAGCACCCUCCUCUUUGCAUCCUCAGUCGUCAUUUGCACCCUUCUNCUGGCCAUCUUCCUCUACGUCAAGUUCGUCGAGGCCAACUCGGACUGGGACUACCACGGUGACCCAUUCAACCGCAUUCUCAGGGUGAAUCGCCUCUUCUUCGACGAGGACUCCUUCACCUGCCAGCACCUGAUGGUCCUCGCCUACGUCGGUCUCAGCAGCCUCAUCGCAUCGUUCACCACCCUCAGCAUCAAGAGCCUCGGUGAGAUCAUCUCCCGUGGCAUAGGCGGUGACACCGCCAGUCUCCUUCACAGGAGCACCCUCCUCUUUGCAUCCUCAGUCGUCAUUUGCACCCUUCUGCAAAUUUACUGGCUGAAUCGUGCUCUGGUUCGAUACGAUGCACUUUUGGUGGUGCCAAUAUUCCACAUUUCAUGGACACUCCUAUCAAUCACAACUGCUGGAAUCUACUUCCAGGAUUUCGAUCACUUCUCGUCCCACCAGUUCAGGAUGUUUCUGUACGCAUUGGCAGUGAUAUUCUGUGGAUCACUCUUUCUGGGUGCACGAGUAGUAAACAAGAGAGACGUGAGGAGUAGGAGAAUAGAAAUACCAGAAGAAGAGAUAGUUACUAAUGUUGGGUAG